AAUCUAGAUCAUUCUGGAAUCGUAUGGUUCCUUAAUAUCUCAAGUCCUGACAUAACAGUUCAGUCACCGCAUAAACAAAUCGGAUUGGUGAACGACCGACCCCAUUUAGACGGUGAGUUUUUGUGCUUGAACUCGAAUCCGAAGAAAUAACUCCAUUUCGUAGCUCCCAAGUUAUCCAGACACCCCCAUUCAGCUUCCGACGAUCGGUUGUUCUUCCGUCGCAGCUUGUUUUCAUCUUCACUCUCCGCUCUUUGAUCUGACAUAUCCGAAAGUUCUCAGUUGCCUUUGAAGUUACAUGGCGGAUCAGAAUCCAAUUGAAGGUUCGAGUACAAGUAAUGUCUCUGGUGAAAGUUCUGAAUCGAUCGUGGAGCUCAAUAUCAAGACCCUUGACUCCCAGAUGUAUAGCUUUCAUGUGGACAAGGAUAUGCCUGUUUCAGCAUUCAAGGAGAAAAUAGCUAGUCAAAUUGGGGUCCCAGUCGGGCAGCAACGUCUAAUUUUUAGGGGCAAGGUCUUAAAGGACAGUCACCUCCUUUCUGAAUACCAGGUGGAAAACGGGCAUACAUUGCACUUAGUAGAGAGGCAGCCUUCUCAACCACAGCCCUCAGCUGGUACCAGCUCAGAGGAGACUACUGCAAAUAAUGGCACUAGAGGACAAGAACCUAGUGGUGGAGGAUUGCGGAACCGUGUAGGGCAAAUUUCUCACAGUGUCGUAUUGGGGACCUUUAAUGUUGGAGAUCAAGAAGGCACUGUGCCAGACUUAAGUCGGGUGAUAGGGGCAGUUCUAAAUUCUAUUGGGAUUGGUAACCAGACUGUUACUAAUGGUACUGGCGGCACACAAUCUAGUGCGCAGUUCAAUCCUCCCAUUCAAGCGCCUCAAGGGAAUGAAACAGAAGGGCUAAGAGGUAAUGUUGGCAUUCAGAGCCAAGCAGGAUAUCAAUCACAGCCUAGACAGGCUUUUCCUAGUCCUUUGCCCCAACCUUUCCAAUUUCCGAUUGGAGCAGCUAUGGCUGUUCCUUCGCUCAAUGUGCCAAUUCCUGAUUCUUUGCACACACUUACUGAGUUUAUGAACCGCAUGGAGCUGGCAUUGUCUCAGAAUGGGUUUCAGCCAGAUCAAUCAUUAAACAACACAGGGGACCGACCAAUGGGAGAAUUGCCUUCCAAUUCUCGUGGGGGUUCAACACCUGAGGCAUUGAGCAUUGUGUUGCGACAUGCACAUCGUCUUCUUGGGGGUCAUGCUACCGCAGCAUUAUCACAUAUUGCAGGACGUUUAGAGCAAGAGGCGGGUUCUGCUGAUUCCACUGCGAGGGGCCAAAUUCAGGCAGAAUCAGUGCAAGUAGGUCUUGCAAUGCAGCAUUUAGGUUCUCUUCUUCUCGAGCUUGGUCGGACAAUAUUGACGCUGCGUAUGGGACAAUAUCCUGCUGAAUCUUCUGUUAAUGCUGGGCCUGCGGUUUAUAUAUCUCCAUCGGGGCCUAAUCCUAUAAUGGUUCAGCCUUUUCCUCUUCAAACCAGUUCCUUUUUUGGUGGUUCUGCUGUUCCUCCAUCAAAUUCAGUUGCUUUUGGCCCUGUUGGCAUUGGAAAUGUUCCGAGGCACAUAAAUAUUCAUAUACAUACUGCUGUUGGCACCAGGGCAACUAAUGCAGAAGGAAUGCAGCAGGGAGAACGUGUUAAUGGAGCUGCUUCUGGUGAUUCAGUUAUUGCAGAAGUCAAUUCGCAAAUUAGAAAUUUUGUCAAUAAUAUGAGGAGUGAAAACCAGGCCCAAUCAGGCCAAACAGAGAGCUCAACUGUUCAAGAUCAAUCUAGGGGAUCCAUUGUUCGUAAUGAGGAGAGGAGCGAUCAACUUGGAAACUCAGUUGUCAAUGGAGUUGGAGAGACAAGUCUUCCUCUGCCUGGGGUGCCAGAGAUGGAAGAUCAGAAGACACAAUCUGAAUGCCAUCAACCUAGUAACAAUAAUGAUUCAAGGGAUGUUGCAAGCUUGAAAGACGUACCCUCUAGUAGCUCAGUUGGAGGUGAUGUUAGCUGUUCGGGUGGAGAAAUGACACUUAAGCCACUAGUCAAUAUGGAAGGUGCUCCGGCAUCCAGUCAAGGUAUUGAUAAUGUUGAUGGUUCGACAGCAGUUCCUCUUGGAUUAGGGCUGGGAGGCUUGCAACCUAAGGUAGGGUUUUAAGUCAUUCUUGAAAAUAUUUUCUUUGAACAUAAACUGGGUUGGAUACUAUUCCAAAUUUGUUCUUAUGGGAUUCUGUAUUUCCCAUAGGAGCAUAAAGUUCUAAUGCCGAACAUUUACCAUCAUCCAUCAGACAUAUAUGCUUGUGCACAUUCCACCUGGACUUCGCAUCACUGUUUUUGUACCAAUACAAAAAUUUCGUUUCUUCCUAAGAUUGUAUUCUACAUUGAUUAAUAAGACAGUAUUAGUAUGGGAAUAUAAAGUAUUUUAAUUCCACUGAUAUUCUAUGAUAAUGACUUAUAUUCAACAAUUGCUCAGAUGACUUUUUUACUUCUUUUAAAUUUCCCAAUCCUUCACCAAAAUCUUUAAAGAUCCUCUUGCCCGCACUUGUAAUAUUCCCAUCUCUCAAUUUAACAAGUCUGCAUAUUCUUCCUCUUCUUCUUCUUGCUUGGCUGAAGGUAAAACUCUCUGGGAUUGAGUUGUAGGAAGAAUGAUUUGACUUUGAAACUGAAGCAAACAAGCUCAUAGCUGACUCAAUUAAUUAUUAUUCAUUGGUACAUUAUUUAGAUGAAGAUGUACCAGUAGUAGCAAUAAUUUGGGAAAGGUUUGACGAAACAUGCUAAUAUCUGUAUGUCUGUUCAAAGGGAUGAAAACAGUUCAUCUGCCAAAACAGUAUUAAUAAUUAUGCUGGUGACAUGAACCAUAUCGUAUUAUUUUUGGAACUUGAAAGUCAUGAAUCCUCAGAUAAUCAGCACAUUAGCUGGUCAACAAACAUGGUACAAAUUAAUUUUAAAGUUUUUUUUAUAUCUCCAUAUUAAUUUGUCUUCUUAAUUAUUGCAUCAUUGACUUUUUUUGUUGAGCUUGAUACUGAUUUGGUUAUCCAGCUAAUGCUUCCUGAUUUGCCCUUCUGACUGAUUUCUCUUGUAUUGAUUGCCUUCUGUUUUAACAUAUGAUAAAUUGCUUGGAAACCUUUGUGCUGAAGUAGACUAGAUUUGCAGUUCUAUCUUCUAUGUGCUGUAUAUUUCUGGUUCUUAUUCCUAAUGUGGUUUUUUAUGGUUUCCUUCAAUUUUGUUGCCCAUAAGUGUUCACAAAUCUGUGUAAAACUGUGGUCAGAAGAGAAGCAGGCAACAAAGAUCUCAAGGCCUGAGUGGAGAUGGUGCAACUUCUAAUACUCCUACAACUCAAGACCAAGAUGCUAGAACAGACGGCCAAAAGGUUUUGCAAUCUCUUGCAUCACUUGCAAGUAGGAGGAAUGCAAAUACACCGCCAUCAGGGCAGCUUCCUCAUUCUGCUGGGGGAGUCCUGGAAAAUAUGCCAUCAGGGGGGCGAAGUGCCAUUGGCCAAUUUGAUGCAUCAGGUGUUAUGUCUCAGGUUCUCCACAGUCCUGCUUUAAAUGGUUUACUAUCGGGGGUUUCACAGCAAACUGGGGUGGGUUCCCCUGAUGUAUUGAGAAAUAUGUUAGAACAAUUGACUCAAAGCCCAGCAAUGAUGAACACAGUCAACCAAAUUGCUCAACAGAUUGACAGCCAAGAUAUUGGAAACGUGUUUUCAGGUUUGGGAGUAGGCCAAGGUGGUGGCAUUGAUCUGUCAAGGAUGGUGCAACAAAUGAUGCCCAUUGUUUCUCAAGCUCUCAGCGGUGGUUCAACUGUUCCUCAACCAAUUCUUAGUGCGGUACCUGACCGCAGUGAGAGGAUGUCAAGCAGAGAUGAGAGAUCAUUUGAUCAAAAUUCUCAGACUGACCUCCAACAAGCAGCUCAGAGAAUUGAACACCAUAAUCCACCUGGUGACAUUUUUCGCUCUGUGGUUGAAAGUGUUGUACAGUCUUACCACAAUGGCAGUGGUGUGGAAGGUGUUGUGGAUGAAUUGUGCACUGAAGAGGGUCUUGCUGAUGAGUACAUGGAAAUGCUGCGUCGUGAUAUUUCUGGACGAGUAGAGACUGAAACAGGGUCUGUACGGAAGCCAUAAAUAUUUUCUUGGUUGUAACCGGUUGUUUCUGAUGUUAUUUUCCGUAGAUGGUCAAGUUGCUGGUAUUCAUUGCUUUCUUUCAGCUUACUGUUAAUUAGGUUUUGCAAAUAUUACAUAUAUUUCCUUGUACCAUUUAGGUUUGGGGAUUUUAGGUGAUCUGCUUGUGGGCCAGCAGUUGUUAUAUUUGUUUUGGUGUAUGACGUUUAUCAUACAUUAAUGCAUGCCAAGAUCUAUUUUAC